UUGUUAAUAUUAUUAAUACAAGAGCACGUGUAAUGAUGACAGUAUUAUAAAUUAAUCGAAUGUUGAUUUCGAAUUAUUCACAGCAUCAGCUAAAAUGUGUGAAAAUCAAGUGGAUUUAGGUUUUUUGGAUAAAUGUGAACCAUGGCUAUUGGUGAAUACAUUUUUUCCAAGCAAAGUUGGCGGUCGACCAGCGUGGUUAGAUGUUGAAUCAAUACCAUCUAACGAUAGACUGAAAUGUUCCGAAUGCGAAAAACAACUUACAUUUUUAUGCCAAGUAUAUGCUCCACUCGACGAAUAUGAUAUUUGCUUUCAUCGAACGCUAUAUGUAUUUAUUUGCACCGAUGCACUUUGCUGGAAACCGAAUACAUCAAAAACCAUCAAAGUGUUCCGAUGCCAAUUGCCUAAAGUAAAUAAAUAUUACGAACCGACACCUCCAAACGAAGACGUUCCAACGGAUGAAGUGAUUACUUCGGUGAAAUUAUGUCAAGUUUGUGGUUGUCGUGGUCCAUUGAGCUGUGGCGCAUGUAAAUCAACUAAUUAUUGUAGCAAAGAGCAUCAAAAAAUUGACUGGACCUUGGGCGAACAUAAGACGGUGUGUGAGAAAAAUGCAAAGCAAUCGUAUAGCAAUAAUGAAAAGCACAAAUAUUUAUUGGAAGAAUUUGAUCUGGUCACUGAACCAGAAGAAAUUACCGAUUCAGAUGAUGCGGAAAGUGAACAAGAUCAAGAAAUCCGUCGCAUGAAAGAUUAUGAUGAAUUCAUGAAAAAACAUAAAGAACAAACAAAGGACGAUGAGCUGGCCAACGUUCCCGAUGAAGAAUUUGAAAAGUACACAAAUCAAAUUGAUGACGAUAAAGAUUUCGAUAAGUUUAAAAAACGCAUUGCUUCCGAUCCAGAUCAAGUGAUUCGCUUUGAUCGAGCAGGCAGUCCAUUGUGGAUUACAAGCAAGAAUAAGCCGAAAAUCAGUGAUAUACCUGCAUGUGAACUGUGUAAUGCGCCAAGAAUAUAUGAAUUUCAAAUUAUGCCACAGCUGUUGAAUUCGUUUAAGGAAUUAAACGUUGAUUGGGGGAUUUUGGCUAUUUACACAUGCAAACAAAGUUGCAACACAAAUGGAAAUUAUGUCGAUGAAUAUUGUUACAAACAGGAUAUUUGUGAAGAUAAAUAAACAUUUUAUUUACACAAAUGAA